CUAAUCGUACACAAACGAAUUCAACAAUGGCCCGUACCAAGCAGACAGCCCGCAAAUCUACCGGAGGUAAGGCUCCCAGGAAGCAGUUGGCCACCAAAGCCGCCCGUAAGAGCGCACCCGCCACCGGAGGAGUGAAGAAACCCCAUCGUUACCGUCCGGGAACAGUCGCUCUCCGUGAAAUCCGUCGUUACCAGAAGAGCACGGAGCUGUUGAUCCGCAAAUUGCCGUUCCAACGUCUGGUGCGUGAAAUCGCCCAGGACUUCAAGACCGACUUGCGUUUCCAGAGCUCCGCCGUCAUGGCGUUGCAGGAAGCCAGCGAGGCCUAUUUGGUCGGUCUUUUCGAAGACACCAACUUGUGCGCCAUCCACGCCAAACGCGUCACGAUCAUGCCAAAGGAUAUCCAACUUGCCCGUCGUAUCCGCGGAGAACGCGCCUAAUCUUUAGUUCAAUACACCACCAUUCCAUUAAAACGGCCCUUUUCAGGGCCAUCACACAUUUCGUAUUUCGCUUUUAUUAUGCAUAACCGCCCUUUACCGUGACCUUUAACACUGAUUUUUUACAACAUAGUAGGCCAUAACAAAUCGACAAUAACUGUGUAGUGUUGUACUUGUCUCCAUCACACAUUAAGAUUUAUACUAUAGGUACGACUUUAACGUGUGUGUUAG